AUGAAUCAAGAUAUCGGACUCAAUGGAGUUCUUCUCGAACAAAUUAGGCUUCUCGAAGAAUGCGUUGAGCUCUUGAUGCGAGGGGUUACCCAGCAUGAAGUGUUCACCGAUAUUCUCAAACAAAACAUGGAUAUCCUAACAAGAACCUCUGAACAGAAAGACAAACAGUUGGAGGCUCAAAAGAAAGAAAUCGAAGGCCUGAUGACGAUUUCUGGUCUCAAAGACGAAAUUAUGGAUUCACAGAGAGAAUUGAUCGAAUACCUCAAGAAAAGCUAG